AUGAGCUCGUCUACGAAGUCUGUAUUCCGUUCCCGCAUGGGAAAGGCCGUGCGCCGCACGUCCUCCAUUCUAUCACUAUCACGUCCCGGUACGCCUUCUGGGUCAGAUACCAGCUCCGUCAAAAAUGUCGAAGCACGGUCUGCGGUUGUGCCUACGCCGGACCCUGCAGUACAUGAGGCCCCAAGCCCUAUAGCAGAGUCACCAGCGAGAGAAGCUGCCGCAGUGGCAAGUGAUACUCCCCAGCCUACAGGUCCUUCUCCUCUAGCUCAAACUAUCGUUACCGAUUCACCUGCUCUCACUGCAGAACCUGAAAGCAUGCACGAUCACAGAAGCGUGGAGGCGUCCAAGUCCGUGGAGGAAACACGGACUUUGACCUCCGAAGGCAAGGCCGAUGAGGCCGUUCAGCAGAACGGAACUGCUGCUCAGGAGGCACCAGUGGCCGCGUCUCAAGUCGAGGAACAGCCUCAUGCAGAGUCGAAAGGAGAACGUUCUUCACUAAUGAGCGAGUCCAUUCCCGCUACUCUAGAGGCCGAACCUGCCACGGCCCCUCCGCCAUCGCCUCCACCUCCACCGGCUCGUGAAAUGGAAGGUGUCUCGUCGUAUUUCGGAAUUCCUACGCAAUCAGAACCAGAACCGGUUCUUGCCACCAGCGUCGUGCCGGAAGAAUCGAUUCCAUCUGUGCCGGCACCCCAGCCUCGAGACGUUCAGGCCGAAAGCACCCCCCUCUCUGACGUUCAUGAAGAACCGGUGAAAGAAGCAGUAAAAAUGCCUUCUCCCGUGCUAGCCACUGCGACCUUACCUUCAUAUGAUGCCGACUUGUCUCAAGAGGCUUGGAGAGAUACCCGCCAUUCGUCUGUGGCACAGUCAUUGGCCGGAACGAUACGCAGUGAACACGUCGCCGACCGUGGAUCUCAAUACGAGGGAACGACUGGGCAAAUGACGAUGCCGACGGAGGAUCCAUUCGCUGAUCCUAUCCCUGCGAUAAACGUUUCGCAUGAGGACAUUUCUAUGCCCGAGCAAGUGGUGCUUCCACCCUUUUUUUCCCAAGCUAAUGUACCUUUCGAAAUCAGGCCGCAGCAUGAAGAAGCACCAGUACCUCAAGGCGACCAGUCCAUAGUCGUGAUGCCGCUCCCGCCCAUGCAGGAUGUGAUACCAUCAAGAUCUAUCCGCGCUACUUCAUCGACACAAAGCCUUGGUAACAGCAGUCAUCAUUUCGAACCGGAGACAGAUGAAACGCGUCCUUUACUUCCGCAGGUACCUUUCCCCAGGUCACCCUCGUACCUUCAGUCUCAACACCAGACUCGAGUCAACGUUUCUCCCCAGUCCGCAUUGCCCUCGUCUUCGUUUUGGCCUUUGCCAGCACCGUCAACUGCCCCCAAACUGAACCAGCUGGGUUGGAUCGAGUUCUCUCUUCCAGACUCUACGGUGUACUAUGUUCAUCCUACCCUGCGAGUGACAACCGAUAUAGAGUUGCGGAACAGCAAGAAGCUAGAUCUGGUCACAUUCUACUUUGAAAACUACAAAAACGAACUUGCUCCACCCAGUGGAAUGGAGCUGUGGCUAAGGGAAAGCGCUCGGAAGAAGAAGCGUGAUCCUCCUCUUAUGGCUUUGGAUACAGAAUAUCGGUACUGGGCGUUCAUGGAAGCACAUCCUGCGCACAACCCACUUCCUCCAAAUGCACACGAGGAAGCUAUGAAUGCUCUUACAUGGGCAUUGACAGAUCGCCUGCUUCCUUCUCAGCAAACAACCUCGGCGCCUUUCAGUCAAAAUGAGUACCAAGAGCUCACUUCUUUACUUCGUGGGGAAAUUACGACCGAGAACGGAAUGCAAAUUACCCGGAUCGUCUCUAGAAUUCAUCUUCGCAUGAUUCAUUGGCGUCAAUUGAAUUUCCGUCCCAACAAGCCUCUUCCUCGUGAUGCGCGCGGCGACUCUUUACGUCUGCCUGCACGUCGUAAUCAGCUAGGCCGCGCUUUGGUCGACUUUUGUAUCUCCUGCCUGUGUCCUCGGCAUUCCAUAUAUCUUUACAACCGUUCGCAUCAUCGGGGAAUGGACGAAGAAGGCGGUAUUCGAGGUGCUGCUCCAAUGCUGGUGAUCGGUGCCUGCACUUGUCUUGUGGCUUGCGAUUGUUCUGAGUGCAUCGGUGACUUUCCUUUCCUUACCUGGGUUGGAUAA